AAUUCACAACGCGCUCAUGGAGCCUGUCUCGAAGGUCACGACGCAGCUCGCCUUUUACGGGCCGGAGCCCGAGACUCGUCCGACAUGCCCCAAUGCAGCGCUUGCCAUCGGCAACUACAUGGCGCUGCUCGACUUUUACAACCUGUCCCCCUGGCGCCCCCAGUACGAGACAGACUCGUUCUCGGCAAUCAUUACCCGCGCUCUCGACGUGGCAGGCCAGGCACGCGACAACCCAAUGCUUUUCUUCGAGAUGUGCACCCGCCACCGGUGUGCCUGCGACAGCAUGCAAUAUGGCGACGGGGUCCAUCUCGCCAAGCGGUUGGCUCUGGCCCUCGGAGGGGCCUGGAGCUGGAAGCUUUGGGUGUGUCUGGAUUGCCUAAAGACCGGCGGCGAGGACAGGGGAAAUUGUCGAGUGAAGCAUCGACGCAGCAGCGGGACGAGGUCAUUCAACCUCCUUGUCCAUCUUCACCAAGGCACCUUAGUUGCUACAUCUCGUUCCAGGUGCAAACUGCCGACCAGACUGACGCGUGACCGGCGAAAGAAAGAUACAUUCCUCUCAGGACAUUUAACUAACCCUUGACCAAGUCGGGAACAUCGAGGAUUGAACGAGGACACGGUUUUACGAGCCGCUGAAUCCGGGAGGGAGUUUCAAUCCACCCAGAUAAGCACCUCAGCCUGGUGUUCAUGUUAGAGGACCAUAGGCAAUCGGGGAUCGACCUUAGAGGUAAAAGUGGUCACAAGGAAUCAAAGGGAUGAGCAAGGCAUGCUCGUCUUACCCCUUUUUGCCACAGGAGACCCGAAGAUAGCCAGGCCAUCGAUGGACUGCCUCGAGAGGCCCAAUAUCCCGCUGCAAUGCACGCGCGCUAGCCGUUCCGAACACAGCAUAAAUGC